UGAAAAAGAGUUUUGUUUUGCGCGGUACUUUACCAUUGCCAGCUGGAGUCGUGUUUCUGAGCAAAAAAGUAAAGUAAAUUUUCGGCGUUAAUAAUUUUGCAUCUAAUCGGCAGGGGUACUUUGACUUUCGAUUUUCAAUCGAGAAAAAAUGUCUCAGCGCAGCAUUACCUCGUUCUUCACCGUGCAGAAAAAGAAGGCGGAAGAAGAAACCGACAAUCCUGAGGAAGACGCAAACAAAUCCAAGUGUGCCAAGUCGCCUGGCCCGAAAUCGCCAAUCAAAAGCGUUUCUGCUGUUGACGAAGGUUCUCCAAUAGGCAAGAAAAAGAAAACCAAGAAGCUUGCGCUGAGUUCUGAUGAGAGCGAGGAAGAAAAUGUGUCACCAAAGUCAAGCAUGAAAAGAGCUGAAAAAUCUGAAAGCAGUCAGUCGGCAUCUUCAUCUGAAGAGGAGAACGUGAAAGUCUUAAGUACAGGCAGAAAGAAGAGAAUGAAAGGAGCUUCUGCUCUGAAGGAAAUAGAAGCCAAGCGAGCUGUGAAAAAGGCUCGUUUAGAAAGUAGCGUUGCCGAUGAAAAAAUCAAGGAACCUGCCGAAAUUAAAGAGACCAAUGGAAAGGGCUUGCAGUUGGACAGCGAAGCCUCGGCGGUCAAGGAGGAGAGUGCCAUGGAGUUGGGAGAGGAGACCAAGGACAUCGUCAAUGAUGAGAUCUUGACGGAAUGUGUCAAAGACAAGCAGGAGACCACAGAGGCAUCUGUAGAGAAAACUAAGGCAGAGACCGGAGAUGAAGUUCUUGAAACGAGUGAUUUUAGUGAUGCGGAAGAGAAGCCAAAGGAAGUAGAGAAGAUGUCUGCCAAGAAAUCUGGUGGCAAGAAAGGAACAACCAAAAAUAAAAAAGAGAAAGCGUCAGAUAAAAAGAAAAGCACUGCAGCUGAAAGUAAAAAAUCACCAGCCGAAGCUGCACCUGCUAAGAAAGCUAUAAUGAAUUUCUUUGGUUCAAAAAAAGCAUCAGCCGAUGAUAAUACAACAGCUUUGGUGAAGCCCUCUGGGUCUUCCAGUACGACUGAGUACAAUCCUCUUGCAUCAAAGUACCACCCCAUCGAUGAUGCCACCUGGCAAAAAGGGAAACCUGUUCCUUAUUUGGCUCUGGCUCGUACCUUAGAAGCAAUUGAAAACACAAGUGCUCGGCUAAAAAUCACAGAAAUCCUCUCAAACUUUUUCCGCUCGGUUAUCGUCUUGAGUCCUGACAACCUCAUUCAGUGUGUAUACCUGUGCUUGAAUAAACUUGCCCCUGCCUUUGAAGGCCUCGAAUUGGGUCUGGCAGAAAAAUCACUGAUGAAGGCUGUGUCACAAAGCUCUGGUCGAAGUGACAAGCAAGUGUUGGAGGAACUUGAAAAUACUGGCGAUCUGGGCAUUGUUGCUCAAAAUUCAUGUGGGCGACAAACGAAGCUGUUCAGGCCUCCAGCACUGACAGUACCAAAAGUUUACAAUCAGCUCAAAGAAAUUGCCGCAAUGAAAGGACGUGACUCCAUGACUCGAAAGCUGGAGAAAGUUUCUUCCAUUUACAAUGCAUGCCAACCUAUUGAGGCGCGCUACUUGCUCCGCUCGCUCAGUGGAAAACUCCGGAUUGGUCUGGCUGAGCAGACCGUGCUUCAAGCUUUGGCGCUUGCUUGCGUAACUACUCCACCGGAGCAAAAGGAGUUCCCACCUGCAAUUCUAAAUGCAGCUCAUGGAGUUUCUACUGAAAAUUUCAAAUCAAAACUUGACGAGCACGCUCUCAUCCUCAAAACAACUUAUUGCGAGUGUCCUGUUUAUGACAAAAUCAUCCCAAUCAUGCUGGAGCAUGGUUUGAAGGAACUGCCAGAAAAAUGUCAGAUCUCUCCGGGAAUCCCUUUGCGACCUAUGCUUGCUCAGCCGACCAAGGGAGUGGCAGAUGUUUUGGCUCGUUUUGACGGUCGAAAGUUCACAUGUGAAUGGAAAUAUGACGGUGAAAGAGCACAGGUUCAUAUCAGUGACAAAGGAAAAACUGUAAGAAUUUUCAGCCGAAACCAGGAGGAUAACACAAGCAAGUUCCCUGACAUUGUUUCCCGUCUUGGCUCCCAAGUGUCUUCACACGUUGAAGAUUGUAUUUUAGACUGCGAGGCAGUUGCUUGGGACAGAGAAUCAAAGAAAAUUCUCCCAUUCCAAGUUUUGUCGACACGUAAAAAGAAGGAUGCCAAUGAAUCAGAAAUCAAGAUCCAGGUCUGCUUGUUUGUGUUUGAUUUAUUGUAUGUCAAUGGCGAAGCUUUGGUGCGAGUUCCCCUCCACGAAAGAAGAGGCAAACUGAAAGAGGUUGUUCAAGAGGUGCCAGGACAACUUCAGUUUGCCGAAAGCCUUGACACUGACUCCCUUGAAGAAGUACAGGCGUACUUGGAGCUGUCUAUUAAAGGAAAUUGUGAGGGCCUCAUGGUAAAAACUCUCGAGGAGGAAGCUACCUACGAAAUUGCCAAGCGUUCUCGCAACUGGCUGAAACUGAAAAAAGAUUAUUUGGAUGGCGUUGGAGACACGCUUGACCUGGUGGUACUCGGAGGCUAUCUGGGAAGAGGAAAAAGAACUGGUGUUUAUGGAGGUUUCCUUCUUGGCUGCUACGAUCCUGAAGCAGAAGAAUACCAAUCAAUUUGCAAGAUCGGCACUGGAUUCACUGAUGAAAGCUUGCAGACGCAUUCUGAAUUCUUCAAGAAUCAUAUUUUGUCUGGUGGGGCAAGACCUUACUAUCGAUAUGAUCCGUCCUUGGAACCUGACCAAUGGUUUGAUGCUGUUCAGGUCUGGGAAGUUAAAUGCGCAGAUCUCUCGUUGUCGCCCAUUCACAAAGCAGCUAUCGGGAUUGUGGAUCCAGAGAAAGGAAUAUCUUUGCGCUUCCCUCGAUUUUUACGCAUCCGGGACGACAAGAAAGUCGAAGAAGCUACUUCUGCUUCACAGGUGGCAGAAUUUUACCAAAAUCAGGAGCAGGUGAAAAAUCAAUCUGACGGCAGCAAGACCAUGAACGAAGAGGACUUCUACUGAACAAUGAAUGGAGCAGAAGUGUAAGCUGAAACGUUCAAAAUAUUUUUUAUUGCUAUCUUCGCAAUUAUUAAAAUUAAAGAUUACUCAUUACAAUGAUAA